UAACACCAGUAACCGCACCAGCGGGACCAGUAACAACACCAGUAACUCCGGUAAGGACACCAGUGAGACCAGUAAGGGCACUGGUGAGACCAGUAACACCAGUAAGGGCACUGGUGACACCAGUAAGGGCACUGAUAAGGGCACCAGUGAGACCAGUAACACCAGUAACACCAGUGGCACCAGUAAGGGCACUGGUAAGGACUCCAGUAAAGGCACCAGUAAGACCAGUAAGGGCACCAGUAACACCAGUAAGGGCACCACCAGUAAGGGCACUGAUAAGGGCACCAGUGAGACCAGUAACACCAGUAACACCAGUGGCACCAGUAAGGGCACUGGUAAGGACUCCAGUAAAGGCACCAGUAAGACCAGUAAGGGCACCAGUAACACCAGUAAGGGCACUGGUAGUGACGCUAAUGACACCUUUAAUGCCGCAGGUGACAACACCAGUGAUGGCACCAGUGACACCAGUAAGGGGACCAGUAAGCCCAGUAAGGGCACUGGUAAGGACACCAGUAAGGGGACCAGUAAGACCAGUAAGGGCACUGGUAAGAACACCAGUAAGGGCACCAGUAAGACCAGUAAGGACACCAGUAAAGGCACUAGUGACACCAGUAAAGGAACUGGUAAGGACACCAGUAACACCAGUAAGGGCACUGGUAAGGACACCAGUAAAGGCACCGGUAACACCAGUAAGAACACCAGUAACACCAGUAAGGGCACUGGUAAUGACGCUGACGACACCAGUGAUGGCACCAGUGACACCAGUAAAGGCACCAGUAAGGGCACUGGUAAGGACACCAGUAAGGACACCAGUAACACCAGUAAGGGCACUGGUAAGGGCGCCAGUAGCCCCAGUAAUGGUAGUGGUAAGGGCACCAGUGAAACCAGUAACGGCACCGGUAAGGGCACUGGUAACAACACCAAUAAGGGCACCAGUGAGACCGGUAACACCAGUAAGGGGACCAGUGGCACCAGUAACACCAGUAAGGGCACUGGUAAAGACACCAGUGAUCUAACAACACCUUUAAUGCCGCAGGUGAUGACACCAGUGCCCCCAGUGACACCAGUCAGACCAGUGCCACCAGUCCCAGCACCAGUCAGACCAGUGCCCCCAGUGCCCCCAGUGCCCCCGGCGCCCGCGCUGUUCUGCGGGUUCUGCGCCCACAACGGGGAGGCCCCGGCCGUGUUCGGGAGCCACCGGCUGCGGGACGGGGCCGGGCGGCUGCAGUGCCCGGUGCUGCGGGGCUACGAGUGCCCCCAG